AUGACCAUCAUACGAAUUGGAUCCCCCCAGGCUAGUCGCUUUUUGGCCAGAAGCAUCUACCUACACAAGGGUCCCAGAGUUACCGGGCUUAAAAAGGACCCCCAAGAAGCAUUCACCACCAACACUGGGUACAAAUAUGAGAAGUCUGAAAACAACUUGAAAUACAUCAAAGGAUUCUUGCAAGACAAAUACGCCAUAUCUGACGAUUUGGCAUUGCAGGUGUUGACCCACAAGUCCUUCAACAACGGAGUGAUGCCAUAUAACGAGAAAUUAAGUGCCAUGGGCUCCAAGUUGGCCAACCUCUUCUUUGCCAAAUACGUCACCGAAGGGUCCACUAACAACGAGAACAACGUCAACGGCAAGAACUUGGAUGUGUUAGGUUCACCUAUUGCUAAGGAGCUUUCGGGAAGAAUGACCAUGGGGCUUUUUGCUAGAUCAAACGAAUUGAACAAGGUGAUGUUCUGGAACUCAUACGGCCACGGUCUUGGAUUCGAGACCAGUGGAGAAAUGAAGGUCAGUGCCCAGAUGAUGUAUGCUUUGAUAGGUGCUGUGGCCUUUUCUCAUGGUAAGGAAGUGGGAGAACAGUUCAUCAGAGAAAAGUUAUUGGGAGGUAGGGCUUCCGUGGAAGACAUAACCGUCAGAUUAGUGAGUGGAGAGACUAGUUCAAACUAG